UAUCAAUCCUUCACAUAUGACGAGAUAGGCCUAGCUAGCGCUUUAAACCGUUAUUGAUAAAAUGAAAAUUCUAGUGGAUUAGUGUUUAAAUUAGUAAAAAUGGAACCUAGAAAGAGUGAAUCUAGUCCAAUACUCGACAAUGAGAUUAGUGAGGACAGUAUAUUUGUUAAAAAGUACCAUUGCGCCCACUACAGACGAAAAUGCAAAUUUGUGACUCCUUGCUGUAACAGAGUGUAUCGGUGUAGAUUCUGUCAUGACGAAGACCAGCAAAAUCAUACUCUUAAAAGGGAGGAUGUAACGGUAGUGGAGUGUUCUAAGUGCGGGGAAAGGCAGGCUGUUCGGGAAACCUGUGUCAAGUGCGAGACAAAGUUCGGACAGUAUUUCUGCUACGAGUGUAAACUGUACGAUGACGAGGAGAAAGAUCAGUUUCACUGUGAAGGUUGCGGAAUAUGUCGGGUUGGAGGAAGAAAAAACUACUUCCAUUGUCACAGGUGUGAUAUGUGUCUACCGAACCAUCUGCAAGGAAAACAUAAAUGUGUGGAGAAGGUAUCCCGGAGUAAUUGUCCAGUAUGCCAGGAAGAUAUUCACACGUCCCGGAUACCCUCUCAGAUCCCUCCUUGCAACCAUCUCAUUCACAAGAACUGUUUUGAUGAGAUGCUUUCCAACGGUCACUACGCCUGUCCGACCUGCGGGGCAUCAAUGAUACCAAUGUCAGAUAUCUGGAAAAUGUACGACAAGGAGAUAGAAGAAACUCCGUUACCGGCGAAAAUGAGAAACCUGUUCGUUAAAAUUUCCUGCAAGGACUGCACCAAAUCAUGUCAGACACCAUUCCACAUUCUAGGAAACAAGUGUAGGGACUGUGGUUCCUACAAUACUGUACAAGAGAAGGGAGGAUACCUACGACGUUCUCCAGAUGGAACAAUGGUUAAAGCUUCACUAAUUCCUGGGGAACCCGGAGAACCAGGCCAAGAGUCCGACCAGGAGAUGGAUCAGGAGGACGAAGAUCAUGAAGAUACACGUCUAGAUCAUGAAGAUCUAACUGAGAUGAGGAUAGAGGAAGGAAUUGAUGCUGUAGCGCAGCUGGGUACUCUUACACCUCCAGAUACUCCAGUAAGAGAUGAUGGUAUGGCAGAUAGAACUUCUCUCUCUUUAGGUAGUAUAGAUGUUAAUUCGGAAAUUCCUUCUCCAUUCGUCCCGCUCACUCCGGAGUAUUCUAACAACACAGGUCUGCUCCGCGAACCAGUUCUGUUUAGAAGACGAAUAUCAUUCUCCGAGGAUUCUGGAGAAUCUCAAGGUUCGGAUUUCUCCGGAUCCUCCAUUAGAACUGAUGGAGGACAGAACCUAGAUCUAUCUCCUGAAAUUUGAUCUGCACUUUAAGAAAAAUCAAGAAAAAGUAAAGUCAUCUUGAACCAGUGUUUAGUUUUUCAAUUAGCGUGAAAAUUUUUGUACAAAAAAAGAUUGUGUAUAAUGUAUAUUGUAUAUUCAUACAAAGUAUAGUUAGAAAAUCUUAAAGAAAGUAUCUAAACCAGAUCUUAAUUCACCGAAUUCUGUCAAGAUUUAAUUUUUCCUUUAAAUUAGUUUUGUUAAACUUACGUUAUAUGUUAAUAAUCUUUCCCAGUGAUGUUAAAUCUGACCGAUCUGUAUUUUUUGUUUGUUUUGUUUAAAGUCUAGUUUAUUACUUGUUGUUAUUUGACAAUUGUCAUGUUUUCCCGCGUUUAUUGGCGGACCCACUUCUAGUUUAAAUAUUAACCUACUGCACACAGAAUAUAAAGAUUUCUGAUCUAUUCUGUCUUGUUCUCAUAUUUACAAGGAACCCUAAUGUAUUGUGCUGGUUUGAUAAAAUAAAGCACGAUUCUAACAUGUUUCUCCUUAUUUUUCAG